AAAUUUCUAUUCCUAUCCUGGACCGCACCCCCGAACCGAAAACCCCGGCCGCCAAGCGAAGCCCCUCCCCCGCGUGGCGAUGGCGUCCGCGGAGAAGCGAGUCCGCCGUGGAUCAGGGCCAACGCUGGGGCUUCCUCUUUCGCCUCACGCCGCCCACUGCCCGAGCCCUUGCACGGAGGACCUAGGCGAUCUCCACCAUCGGCUGGAGAAAGUCCAACUCGACGACCCCCAUGGCCCUGGGAAGCCGCCGCGCACGGCCACCGAGUCACCUCCCUCUGAGAUUGCCUGGCGUGCUUUGGACCUCAAGUUCAAGGUCGAUGUUGACGAUGGCCAAGUGAUUCAGGAGGAGACAGAUUAUUGCGACGAUGGCGAUGAUGACGACGACGACGACCACAGUGGCCAGGUGAUAUACGGGGACACGAAGACGAACUGCAGUAGGAAGAUAAUCUGCCCAGGUAGCUAAUUAAUUCUCUCCUCAGGUGAAACAAAAAAAAAAACCCACCAAAAGAUCAGCUGGCAAUCUAUGCUACAUGGCUUCUUCUUUAGGAAGAAAGGACUACACCAAGAGCGACGCAAAGGACAUAGAUCUUGAAUAUAUGGACAGGUACUGCGAGCGGAUGGGAGCCUACUCGGACGUGUGUGACGCGAUUUUUGCCCGGGAAGACUAUGGCUAUCCUUUCCCUCCUUUUCCUCUAAAAGAGUUCCCUCCCGCAACAUCGGGAUGCUUCAAGGAUGGAUGAUGUUACCACAGUGUUUACAAGACCCAUGAUACUUCUACCACUCCAUCAACUCUUGGAUAUCGCAACCCACAAAAUAUGCUACAGUUCUUCUCUCUCUGUUUGUCAAGCUCUGAGCCUUCAUAUCCCAUCAGUGUAUAUGGAAUACUUGCCGUUAGGGAUGACUUGGACAAGCGACGGAAUUAUGUCUUUUAACUGUCCUAGACAUGCUGCUGUCGGGAUUGGGAAGAAGGAUUCCUUUGCCUUACCUCUUUGUAGCCCUUGUCGAGGAAUGCAUACACUGGAGCGGGCAUUCCUAGAAGUUGAUCUCUGGGUAAAAAAGGAAGGAGAUGGAUCAGCUGACAAGCAUAUUCUUUCUACAUAUGCUGAGAUUGAAGUACGUGCACAGGUCGAUGACAUGUUUGUUGGACGGAUCCCUGGUGAUGAUUGCAACUUAGACUUGGGAUUCAAGAUCCUUACAGAAAGUGUUGAGGCUAUAAUACAAGUCUAUGCAAAGGUUGACCAUCCUCAUCAUGUGAGGUUCACUGCUCUAACCACUGCCUAUGAUGAUCAUCAGAUUGUGCUGUUUGAUGACAAAUUAUUUGGGACUGAGAAACUACUCCAGCAUAUUGUAGCGGUGAAGAACAAUGCAAAUUUGGAUGUUCUUCUAAGGGUGGACGAAUCACAGUUCCAGUGGACUUUUCAGGAUGAACUUGUUGGAACCAUUGCUUCUCCCGGUGACUCGAUCUUUGAGUAUGACCAAUUUUUUGUGAGGGUGUUUUUUGCUCCAAAGAACUCCAAAUGAAGCCCAUGUCCAAAGUUCUGACAAGCGAAGUCUGCCGUGUGAUGAAACAUAUUAGAUGCUUAGUAGUCUAUUAUGCUUAGUAGCAUUUGAGUUUAUCUGCAUGUGUGAUGUAACAUAAGUCUGAGAUCUGACUUGUAGUCUAGUAUGUUAAACCGCUGUAAACUUGAUCAUGCUCUAUGAGAGCGCGUCCAUAUUCUCUACUUGCUUGGUAUUUCGUUUU